GAGUCAUUAUAUAUUUUGUUUUUAUUUAAAAAAAAAAAGAGGAAACGAUAAAGUUUGGGGAGUUGGAGUGAUAAAUAUUUUUGUUUCCUAAAAUACGAUGUAGUCUUUAAUUUGAUACUCCGUAUAAUACUUCUCAACUAUUAAUAAACCUAAGGUGCCAUACAAACAGAGCGUGCGUUGCGUUGCGUGGGAGAGGUCGGCGAUUACGGCGGAGGAGCUUCGCAAAUAGCAGAGGCGCUGAUAAUAGAGGAUUGGGGUCACAGCAAUUGGCUUAAGUGAUAGAGUUAUGGAGAUAACAUCAAGUAAUUCUGAAGGAAAGUUGUGCCAUCACCCUUAUUUUCCAGCACCCCAACAGCCUUUGCUCUUUUUCCGUCAAAAUGAAAAUGGUAUGCUUUAUAACAUCACAGAGCAGUGUUACCACAAAAUCGACACAUCUUUCAUGGAUAACAAGUAUGUGAUCAGCGGCGGCGCCAAUAGGGAUGGAUGGAUGGUAGUGCAAGAUUGUGACACUCAAGGCGUUGCGCUUGCAAAUCUUUACUCACAUGAGAUGGUCCAGCUCCCGAAAUCAGAAAUUUGCAUGUAUCGUCGCCCGGAUCCAGAUGAUUGUUUAUUAAGGCGCAAUUUUGCUUAUAUUUCAUCCAAUCCUCGCGAUCCUAAUUGCUAUGUUGUCUUGGCUGAUUUCAACAAAACUAUGUUCUGCAAAAUUGGAGACACCGAAUUUAAGAUGAAGACAUUAGAAGAGGAGUUAGAGUCAAUGACGAACUUCAAUGGGGAGAUGUAUGGGUUGAUGAACACCACUACUUUGGUACGUGUCCAAUUCAUUGGAGGAGAUGUUAGAUUUCAUGAGAUGAUAAAUGAUGAUAAGUUUACUUAUAACCCGUCAUCAAGACCAAAAUAUUUCUUGCAGAUGAGGGGUUAUAUUACUGAAAGUUGUGGUGAAAUCCUACUAGUUGCCAAAAUUUAUCUUGGGCUAACUACAUUUAAUCACCCGAAUCAUUACUCAAGUUAUUACCCCGUCGAAAAGAUCAGAGUUUUCAAAGCAGAUUUAUGUGCGCGAAAAUGGGUGGAGAUGAAGAGUAUAGGAGAACGUACCAUUUUUCUCGGAUGUCAUGGAGGCAUAUUUUGCAUCAACACUAAUGACAAGAACUCAGGUGUGAGAGCCAAUUGCAUAUAUUUCUUGGAGGAUGAUGAUAGAAACAUGUAUGUUUUUGAUUUGGAAGAUAAUAGUGUCUCUCUCAACCUUCCUUGCUCUCAUGUCCGUAAGCGGGAAUUGACUUCCCUAUGGAUGUUGUGAUAUUUUUAUUAAGUUCAUUCAUGUAGUACACAGUUCAAACAUUGAUUCUUGUUUUUGGUCGAUUUAAUUGCAAUUCAAUAAUUAUAUAUAGGGGGAUUUGACUUUGCACCCCAUUUUUUGAAUAAUAUUGGACUGUGCACCCCAUUUUGAAAAAACUUUGACUUUGCACCCCAUUCCACUUAAAAAUCCUUUGACUUUGCACUCCAUUUAGAAAAUUUUCUUCACAAAGUGAUAUGUGUUGGGCUGCAAAAUCAAAGUUUUUUCAAAUUGGGGUGCAAAGUCCAAUAUCACCCAAAAAGUGGGGUGCAAACUCAAAUUCUCUUAUAUAUAUUAAUU